AUGCUCUUCAAGUCUGCUGUCAUCUUUGCAUUUUUCGGUGAGUUUAUAAUUAUUUUUGAUAAUAGGAUGUGGUGUCUAAUGUUUGGUUUACAGUUGCUGUAAAUUCUCUCCCAGUUCAAAAUGGUGAUCAAUGUGGAGCUGUAGAUAUCACAAAAAUGGCAAAGAGAUAUGUACCAGUUCGUGAGUAAAUAGCCUUCAGCUGAAAAAAAUCCCAUAAGCUGGAAAAUUUUAGAAAAUAGCGAUGUAUCAUGUGAAAUUUGCCUCGACUUGGUUUUGAUCGCUGAAACUUAUGCAGAAUGUGAAGAAGCUGUUGUUGAACAUCACAUGGAAGCAUAUUGCGUUGAACACGUUAAGAACAAGGCUUCACAAGCUUUAUGUAAAUUGAUGGUUGAUGAUAUUGCUCAUGUGAGUUCUCCAAAUCUAAUAUUUUACAGAAAAACACAUUAUGUUUUUCAGGCUGUCAUCGAAGAUACCGACCAAAACCCAACCGGAGUUUGCCAGAAAACUAUUCACAAGACCUGUCCAUACAAUAAUUAA